CGGAUGUGCACAUCGAACUUACUCAAGGCUUCAUGUCAAGACUAGCGGCAAAUCCUAAUUUAUCCAUACAAAGCCACUGAAACACGGACUGGCCGACGCGCCGCCGCAGAUGGUGCGCAUCUGAUACUCCUUGUCGCGCCAGGUCCGAGUCGUGCUCAGGAACGCAACGUAUAUCAACUUUCCGCCAGCCGCGGGUCCAUCUUCUGCGACGCUUCAGUAGCACGCCCCUGCGCCUUCAACUCACACAUCCAUCAAGUUCACCCAGUGAAAGAUAUCCUCUCAAAAGACUGGGUAGAAACAAUUCAAGCAUGAGCGAGACGGACGUCAACCCUGUUCUCGACCGUGCAAGGGAAUGGCGUAAGGGAAAAAAGAAGAAUCUCGGUGACGAUGAGGAUAAUAAACCCAUAUCAUCACCAUUCUCGCUAUCACGAGAAGGCAACUCACCUAUCCAAAUCAGACCUCUUGUCUUAACUUCAGCUGCCUCGUUCCAUUCUGUCCCAGACUGUCCAUUAAAGUCAUUUAGGUCCGAGGGCGAAGAGCAGACAAUGCCGCCCUCUUCCAGUCAUGAAACGCCACCACUGACCAGUUCCGCCUCUCAGGAUAGUCCUGAGGUAGAGACACGCGAAGCAGAUGUUACUCCUGUGCGAGUGGAUGAGGAUAAUUUCGCUCAUCUGAACUACACCGCAAUGAAGAUUCCAAGACCUCCUGGAGCGUGGACUACUACGCCUGUCCUACUCAAACACAAUCCGAGGGUGUCAUCGCCACCUCCAGUCUCCUCUGGAUUGAUUUUGACGCCAUCAUCAACAUUGUGGACGUCUCUGUCUCGAGCUAACUCUAGACUCGAGCGAUGCUCAAAGCCUGAGGCCCCGGCAGCACCCCCAGGCGCGACCACAACUCAGAUUUGGUCUAACGGGCAAUCCAAGUCUGGUUCUAUCAGAACAAAAAAUAAUAUUCUCAAAGUGCGCUUUGAUGUAACGGAUUCAGAGGCGUCAACUGUUGAAGUUGAACAGCAAGUACCACCUGUAACCGACAUACGCAUAUCUGCGCCCGACUCUCCACCCAAUGGUAAUGCAUCACGGUCGUGGAACAUCCCCCAGACAAGGAUUAACAUCGACCGUUCUUCUCAAGCUGAUUUCGUAGACGAUUCGGUGUUAGCUAAGCCUGUAACUCCUGGACGCCAUAUGAUACCCGGUUCUCGUACCAACGCACCAUCAUCACGUCCACAUAGAAGAGCCUUCAUCGUGAAGCUUGUGGAUGCAUUCGGUCGAGAAAGGAUUGACGAACUUCCGAUGCCGAUUGCGAGCGGGCCUGCAGACGCGGAAGACGUAAUCUGUGCUUUGCCAUCAGCUAAAACUCGUACUCGUGUCUCAAGCAAAAAUAAAAUUUGCGUUAUCGAUGCAACGGGGGAAAAAGUUCAGGAAGAUGUCCGUGAACGCUCAUCAGUCCUACAUCAUGAUCCACCUAUUUGUAGCACUGCGGCCCUAGCCCAAAUGCGGCAAACGCUCCAAGAAUGGGCUAGUGGGCUGAGUGAUGAAGAUAGACCUCCUGAUAAUCUCGCAUUGAAGCCGAGCUACUCAAAAGAACUCGAAGAACGUUCAAGGGCAGCGCGGCGUUCUCGGAAUCAAUUGGCUCGGACUCUUCGUAUCGAAUCGGUGAAAGAGUGUGAACGUGACUUGAUGCACAAAUAUACCAAGGGAGCCGAAGACCGAAGCGGGCUUUUGCCGACUAUCACUGGUGAAAAUAUCUUUUUCCAUCGCCGUGAUCUGGUUUGGGUGGGAGUUCUGUUACAGAUUGUGUUCGUCCUUGCCAUGUGGCGGUUUGCACACGUCCAAGCUGGCCAUCUCUUUUGCGCCACCUAUUAUGAUCCUCUAUAUCCAGGCUUGACCCCUCGCAUCGGUGGACGUGCUUGGGAGAGGUGGGCUGAACGCCCUAAUGCAGAGACAUGGCCACCUACAUGAUUGUGUCGUCAACGUCACUUAGACUACCUCGUGAUGCUUGCAGCUCUGGGAGUACUUUCCCACUCUGGACAUCAGAGUAGGUUGCAUUUGCGCCAUGCAACACAAUCUAUUUGUGGAAAAGGGGUUGGUUUGAUAUCUGCAACCACUGUGUCCCCUGAGUCCCAUAUCCCGCUUGGUUUCAUCCUAAUCGCAACUUGGACAGUUGGAU